AUGGAUUCCCCAGUGCAGGAUUCCCUCGCGGGCGACUUGGGCCCAGAAUUCAAGAACGCCAAGUGCCUGAAUUUAUGCGAGCUUCAGCUUAUUUUAGGGGACCAGCUUCGCCUGUCCGUAUCUCGCCCCGCAGAAGCGCACAAGCAUCUUGAGCGGGAAGGGGACCUGCAGCAGUUUGAACUGGCGUUGUUGGUUAAUCUGCUUCCCCGCACCCCCGACGAGGCCAAGGCACACAUCCCUUCCCUUAUCCGCCUCUCUCCUGCUCGACUUUCACGAAUUAUUGACACCUUGGAGGUUUUCAGGGUGCAUGCGUCCUAA